UGCUCCUAGCUCGUGCGUUUCACGGAAGACGUAACACACCUUGGAGGUUCCGACCUCCAUGUAACAUGCUUCAACCCCGGAGUCAGUCCGCGUAGCCGGGAGGAGUAGUUUUUGAGGACAGGGGGGGUUGAAAGUUGAGAGGAAACUGCAGUGUGCGUGCGGUCUACCAUGGAAGAAGUCAGUAAGGCUGGCAAGACCAACCCGGCAGCGACGGCGAGCCUUUUGUCCAAGAUAUUUUUCUGGUGGCUAAAUCCUUUGUUUAAGAUUGGAUAUAAACGCAGGCUCGAGGAAGAUGACAUGUACGAAGUGCUCACAGAGGACAGGUCACAGAACCUGGGGCAGGAUUUGCACAGAUACUGGGAUCAUGAGGUCCAGAAGGCGACCAAAGAGCUGCGGCCGCCCAGCCUGUCCAAAGCCAUCAUCAAGUGUUACUGGAAACCAUAUGCAGUCCUGGGAUUCUUUACCCUCAUUGAGGAGGUGAUCAAAGUCAUCCAGCCAGUCAUUUUGGGAAAGAUGAUUGAAUAUUUUGAGAACUACGACCCAGACAACCAAAAAGCUCUGAAUGAGGCUUUCGGCUAUGCCACGGCCAUGUCAGUGUGCACCAUCGGCCUGGCGCUGCUGCAUCACCUGUACUUCUACCACGUCCAGAGAACGGGCAUGAAGAUCCGAGUGGCCAUGUGUCACAUGAUCUACAAGAAGGCUCUGUGUCUCAGCAGUUCAGCGAUGGGGAAGACCACCACAGGCCAGAUUGUCAACCUCCUCUCUAAUGACGUCAACAGGUUUGACGAUGUGACAAUCUUCCUGCACUUCUUGUGGGUGGGGCCUCUGCAGGCGGCGGCGGUAGUCGGCCUGCUGUGGGUGGAGAUUGGCGCAUCGUGUUUGGCCGGCAUGGUGGUUCUCAUGUUCCUGAUGCCCAUGCAGACCCUGUUUGGAAGGCUCUUUUCUAAAUUCAGGACUAAAACGGCCGUUCUGACUGACAGCCGAAUCCGCACAAUGAACGAGGUGGUGUCUGGCAUCAGGAUUAUUAAGAUGUACGCCUGGGAGAAACCCUUCUCUGCUCUUGUCACCGAGGUCAGAAGGAAGGAGAUCUCCAAGAUCAUGAAGAGCUCCUACCUCCGAGGCCUCAACAUGGCCUCCUUCUUCUGCGCCAGCAAAAUCAUCGUGUUCGUCACCUUCACGCUCUACGUCCUCCUGGGGAGCACCAUCACCGCCAGCAGGGUGUUUGUGACCGUGUCCCUGUACACCGCCGUGCGCCUCACGGUCACGCUCUUCUUCCCAAGUGCCAUCGAGAAGCUGUUUGAGUGCCGCGUUAGCAUUCGCAGGAUCCAGGAGUUCUUACUGCUGGAAGAGAUUGCAAAAGUCAGAGCGGCCCUGCCUCAGGAGGAGAAGAAGGACGCCUCAGUGGAGGUCCAGGACCUGACCUGCUACUGGGACAAGAAUCUAGAUGCUCCAUCUCUGCAGAACAUCUCCUUCACUCUGAACUCAAAUCAGCUGUUAGCUGUGAUUGGACCCGUUGGAGCCGGCAAAUCAUCACUCUUGAGCUCCAUCCUGGGCGAGCUGCCGGAUGAAAAGGGGGUCCUGAAGGUCAGAGGCCAACUUACCUACGCCGCCCAACAGCCUUGGGUUUUCCCUGGAACCAUCCGCAGUAACAUCCUGUUCGGGAAACCGCUCAACCAGCAGAAGUACGAGAAAGUGAUCAGAGCCUGCGCGCUGAAGAGGGACAUGGAGCUGCUCCCAGAUGGUGAUCUGACUCUGAUCGGGGACAGAGGAGCCACACUCAGCGGGGGACAGAAAGCUCGGGUCAACCUGGCCAGGGCUGUGUAUCAGGAUGCAGACAUCUACCUCCUGGAUGAUCCUCUGAGCGCCGUGGACGCCGAGGUCGGGAGACACCUCUUUGAACAGUGCAUCUGCGGCUUGCUCAGAAACAAACCUCGUGUCUUGGUCACCCACCAGCUGCAGUACCUGAAGGCAGCCGACCAGAUCCUGGUCCUGAAAGAGGGUCACAUGGUGGCGAAGGGCACGUACACGGAGCUGCAGCAGUCCGGCGUGGACUUCACCUCCCUGCUGAAGAAGGAAGAAGAGGAGGAGCAGCAGCAGCAGCAGCAGCAACCUGUGGAGAUCCCAAUCAGGGGCAGAACUCUGUCCCAGAAUUCAGUGCUCUCACAGACCUCCUCCAUGCACUCGGUCAAAGACGGAGACUACCUACCGGAGGAAACCGUGCAGACAGUGGCAGAGGAAUCCCGCGCAGAGGGAACCAUCGGGUUUGGUCUGUACGUCAAAUACCUGCGAGCUGGAGCCAGCAUCCUGUUCCUGCUCACCGUCUUUGUGCUCAACAUUCUAGCUCAGGUAGCAUACAUCAUGCAAGACUGGUGGCUUGCUUACUGGGCUGAUCAGCAGGAGAAGCUCAGUGAAAACAGCACCAUCUCCCAAAACGGACAAAAUAUCACACAGCAGCUGGACUUAGACUUCUACCUGGGAAUUUAUGGAGGUCUUACGAUAGCCACCAUCAUUUUUGGCUUCUUGAGGAAUCUGGUCCUGUUUAACGUGCUGGUGAGAUGUGCUCAGUCUCUGCACAACCGCAUGUUUGACGCCAUACUCCGGACACAUGUGCGCUUCUUUGACAUCAACCCUAUUGGAAGAGUCCUGAACAGGUUUUCAAAGGACAUUGGCCAGCUGGAUUCUAACAUGCCGUGGACUUUUGUGGACUUUAUUCAGGUUUUCCUGCAGAUUCUUGGGGUCAUCGCUGUGUCAGUCUCUGUGAUCCCCUGGAUCCUCCUCCCUGUGCUCCCACUCCUUCUCGUCUUCCUCUUCCUGCGCCGCUACUUCCUGCGGACCUCCAGAAACAUCAAACGCCUUGAAUCCACCACUCGGAGUCCGGUCUUCUCCCACCUGUCGUCAUCUCUUCAGGGCUUGUGGACGAUCCGAGCGUUUGGAGCUGAGGAGAGGUUCCAAAAAGACUUUGACUCCCAUCAGGACCUGCACUCAGGGGCCUGGUUUCUGUUCCUGACCACCUCUCGAUGGUUCGCUCUCCGCCUUGACGGCUUGUGCGCCAUUUUUGUCACCAUCACUACCUUUGGCUGCCUGCUGCUCAGAAACCAGCUGGACGCUGGAUCUGUGGGUUUGGCUCUGACUUACUCCGUCACCCUGAUGGGCAUGUUCCAGUGGGGCGUCAGGCAGAGUGCAGAGGUGGAGAACAUGAUGACCUCAGUGGAGAGGGUGGUGGAGUAUACUGAACUAGAGAGUGAAGCACCCUGGGAAACCCAGAAGCGUCCUCCUCCUGAUUGGCCCAGCAAAGGCCUGGUGACCUUUGACCAGGUCAGCUUCUCCUACAGCAGUGACGGACCGGUGGUGCUGAAGAGCCUGAAAGCAAUGUUUAGGCCUCAGGAGAAGGUGGGGAUUGUGGGUAGGACAGGUGCUGGUAAAAGCUCCCUGGUGUCGGCUCUGUUCCGCCUGGCGGAGCCUCAGGGGAAGAUCUACAUCGACGGGGUUUUAACCUCUGAGAUUGGCCUCCAUGACCUCCGCCAGAAGAUGUCAAUCAUCCCUCAGGACCCUGUGCUCUUUACGGGCUCCAUGAGGAAGAACUUAGAUCCCUUUAACUAUCAUACUGAUGAAGAACUGUGGAACGCUCUGCAAGAGGUGCAGCUGAAGUCCGUGGUGGAGGAGCUGCCUGGGAAACUGGAGACGGUUCUGGCAGAGUCAGGCUCCAACUUCAGUGUGGGCCAGAGACAGCUGGUGUGUCUGGCCAGAGCCAUCCUGAGGAAGAACCGCAUCCUCAUCAUCGACGAGGCCACGGCCAACGUGGACCCCAGGACGGAUGAACUGAUCCAGAAAACCAUCAGGGACAAAUUCAGAGAAUGUACUGUGCUGACAAUCGCUCAUCGCCUCAACACAAUCAUCGACAGUGACAGGAUACUGGUCCUGGAUGCGGGGAAAAUUCACGCCUAUGACGAGCCGUACACCCUGCUUCAGGAUCCAGAAGGAAUCUUUGCGAAGAUGGUCCAACAGACAGGCAAACAGGAAGCCACAGCACUCCUUCAGGCAGCUAAGCAGGCGUUCGACAGCAGAAGCCGUCCCAUCAUUUCAAACGGACACGCAGCGACAUCCGACGGUAGCUUAGUAAUCUUCGAGACAGCCCUGUAAGCUCAGGGAGGUGCUGGAAACCUCAGAAAGUGCCUGGGCUCGUAGGCAGCCCCCCCACCCACCCUCCUUCAGCCUCUGGGGUAUGCACACCAGGCCCAGAGGGAGAGAAAGGCCUCGGUUAUGUGAGCUGGAGAGGAUACGGCGGAGCUGCAGAGGUCUCAGUGUGGCCUUACACGACUGAGCCAAACACGAGCACUACGCUGGGAAAGCAGGAAAUCACUACUGUAAAAAAAAACUGUUGUCACAAAUCACUAUUUAUUUUCUCUGCUUGUUUUUAUCGUAUGUUAUCUGAUUGCUGCUCUGUACACCGAUGCCUUGGAGAAAUUGCUUUAAAUGGCCAUAUAAUCCUUAAACUGUAAGUGCCUUCUAUCAGGUCUGCAGCAGAUUGUCUCAAUCCAAAGUUGCCUUUGUGUAGAAAUAUGGCGGCGCUGCACAGGAGGAAUGAAAACCAAAUGACAGCAGCAGCAGACGUUCAUAUAAUCCAAGUUUUGUACAUCUAUGUGUGAAACUGUGGAUUUAACAUGGUUUUAUUUUUGUAACCUUUCCUUUUAUACGUCUCCUCAAGCGGAGGCAACAUGAACACUGCUGCUACCACCGUUCUGAUUGUUCGACAUGUGUUGUAUUCACUGUCUGAAAAAUAUCAUACGUUUGUUUUACUGAAUGCUGCAUAAACACCUCCAACACUGA